UUCCAUAUUUUUCGAAUUCAGACAAAAAUCACACGAACUUCCCCAAUCCUGAAUCCAGAUUCUUCAUCAAAGUUGGAACACAGAGGAAGAAGCCAGCAAGACCCAUUUUCGUUAACAGCACAAUGGCAAUGGUUGAUGAACCACUAUACCCAAUAGCAGUUCUGAUUGAUGAGCUUAAGAAUGAUAAUAUUCAACUUAGGUUGAAUUCUAUUAGGAAACUUUCAACAAUUGCUCGCGCUCUUGGGGAGGUGCGAACACGGAACGAAUUGAUUCCUUUUCUAAGUGAGAAUAACGAUGAUGAUGACGAGGUUCUCUUGGCAAUGGCUGAGGAAUUAGGCGUGUUUAUCCCGUUUGUUGGUGGGGUUGAAUAUGCACAUAUAUUGCUACCGCCACUUGAAACUCUUUGCAUUGUUGAGGAAACAUGUGUAAGGGACAAAGCUGUUGAGUCAUUAUCUAAGAUUGGAUCUCAAAUGAAGGAAAGCAACUUGGUUGAAUAUUUUGCUCCUCUUGUGAAGAGAUUGGCAGUCGGUGAAUGGUUUACAUCCCGAAUAUCAGCUUGUGGGCUAUUUCACAUCGUGUACCCUACUGCUCCAGAAAUGUCGAAGACUGAAUUGAGAUCACUAUAUAGCCAACUAUGUCAAGAUGACCUACCUAUGGUUAGGAGGUCUGCAGCAACAAACUUAGGAAAGUUUGCUGCAACUGUCGAACCUGUUCAUUUGAAGGCUGACAUCUUAACAAUUUUUGACAAUCUUACUCAGGAUGAUCAGGAUUCUGUUCGUCUAUUAGCAGUUGAGGGAUGUACUGCAAUUGGAAAAUUACUGGAUCCAAAUGACUGUGUCGGACACAUACUCCCUGUUAUUGUGAACUUCUCCCAGGAUAAAUCUUGGCGUGUUCGUUACAUGGUUGCAAAUCAAUUAUAUGAGCUUUGUGAAGCUGUGGGGUCUGAACCCACUAGGACUGAUUUGAUUCCCGCAUAUGUGCGCUUGCUUCGAGAUAAUGAGGCGGAAGUACGUAUUGCAGCUGCCGGAAAGGUGACCAAGUUUUGCCAAAUUCUUAGUCCAGAACUUGCUAGUGAGCACAUUCUUCCCUGUGUGAAGGAACUCUCUUCAGAUUCUUCUCAGCAUGUGCGAUCUGCAUUGGCUUCAGUUAUAAUGGGAAUGGCUCCUGCUUUAGGAAAGGAUGCAACAAUUGAACAACUUCUUCCAAUAUUCCUUUCCCUUCUGAAAGACGAGUUCCCUGAUGUACGCUUGAAUGUUAUCAGCAAACUUGAUCAAGUUAAUCAGGUUAUUGGAAUUGAUCUGUUAUCUCAGUCUCUAUUGCCGGCUAUAGUUGAGCUUGCUGAGGAUAGGCAUUGGAGGGUUCGGUUAGCAAUAAUAGAGUAUAUGCCUCUGUUGGCAAAUCAACUGGGUGUAGGAUUUUUUGGUGAUAAACUUGGUGCUCUCUGCAUGCAGUGGUUACAAGACAAGGUUUACUCUAUCCGUGAUGCUGCUGCUAAUAAUUUGAUGCGCCUAGCUGAAGUAUUUGGCCCAGAAUGGGCAAUGCAGCAUAUCAUUCCACAGGUUUCUGAGAUGAGUAGUAACCCACAUUAUUUGUAUCGGAUGACAUUUCUACACACAAUAUCAUUACUGGCCCCUGUGAUGGGAUCAGACAUCACUUGCUCAAAAUUGCUACCGCUGAUUGUGGAUGCAUCAAAGGAUAGGGUACCAAACAUAAAGUUUAAUGUGGCAAAGGUGUUGCAGACCCUUAUUCCUAUUAUCGACAAAUCUGAAGUGGUGGAGAAUACAAUUCGUCCGUGCUUGAAUGAGCUCGCGGAGGAUCCAGAUGUAGAUGUGCGUUUUUAUGCUAAACAAGCACUCAAGGCAAUUGAUAAUGCCAUGAUAAUUAGCUAAAGUUGAAGAGAUAUGGUUAACAACAUUUGAUAUAGCUGCUAAAUCAGUAAAAAAAAUGCUCAUUUCAGCAUUGUUUGUAUGGUUAAUAUAGAUAAUAUUAGUGUGAAUUUAGUUUUUGGACCAAUAUUUCUUAUUUGUUGUGUAAUGCUAUGUAGUUAUGUUGCUAUAAUAUUGUUAUCCUAUGAUUCAACUGCUUGUCACAUUCUUAUAACAAUUUACUUUCAAUUAAUUCACUAAUUUGUCACAC